AUGAGCACAGAACCUGGGAAGAACCGUGGUCAUGCUCCCACUUCAGGGGACAAGAAGCCUAAGAGGAAGCUUAAGAAAAAGGAAGCCUAUUCAAUCUAUAUCUACAGAGUACUGAAGCAGGUGCACCUGGACAUUGGAAUCUCUUCCAAGGCUAUGAGCAUCAUGAACUCCUUCAUCAAUGACAUCUUCGAGCGACUGGCCUCGGAGGCCGCGCGCCUGGCUCAGUACAACCACCGCAGCACCAUCACCAGCCGUGAGGUGCAGACAGCAGUCAGGCUCCUGCUGCCCGGAGAGCUGGCCAAGCACGCUGUCUCUGAGGGCACCAAGGCUGUCACCAAGUACACCAGCAGCAAGUGA